GGCGGCGAGGAGAUCGAGCCCCUGACCUGGGAGGCCGCCUACGCCAUGGCGAACCAGACGCUGGGGCGGAUGAAGGCCAGGGAGAAGCACGCCCUGCUCCAGGGCGUCGGCUACGAUGAGCACCGCUGGUGGGAGGUGAAGAAAGGGUACUACGUCGGCAACACGCCCGCCAUGCCUCACCUGGGUAUCCCCAGCCUCAAGAUGCAGGAUGGUGGCGCGGGGUUCCACCUGAAGUUCUCGGGGGGCCUGGGGACGAUGACCUGCUGGCCUUCGCUGCUGGCCUUGGCGGCCACCUGGGACCCAGCCCUGGCCCGCGAGUACGCGGCGGCCCUCGGGGAGGAGUUCGCCGGGAAGGGUGCCAACGGCAUGCUCGGCCCCUCCCUGGAUGUGCACCGGGUGGCCCGCAACGGGCGGAACUUCGAGUACCUCUCGGGCGAGGACCCCUACCUCGGCGCGAGGCUGGCGGAGGCGUACGUCCAGGGCCUGCAGUCGAGGGGCGUCUUCGCCGUCGUCAAGCACUGGAUUUUCAACUCCCAGGAGACCUACCGAACGAGCGGCCUGUCUCGAGUGGACGAGCGGACGGCCUGGGAGCUAUACUACCCCCCCUUCGAGGCGGCCGUCGACGCGGGGGCUUCCGCGGUGAUGUGCGCCUACAACAAGGUGAACGGCAGGUACGCCUGCGAGAACAGCCAGCAGCUCCAGGACGUGCUCCGGCGCCGGAUGGGCUUCCAAGGGUUCGUGCAGUCGGACUGGUGGGCCACGCAGAGUCUGAGCAUCAAGGAGGGUCUGGACCAGGAGAUGCCCGGCGAGGGGACUCACGUGUAUUUCGACGAUCUCGACGGCAUCUCGCGGAAGAGCCCAGCCGCGGUCGACGCCGCCGUGGCGAGGAUCUUGGCGGUGAUCUACCGGAUGCGCCUGGGGACCAACGAGUGCACCCCUCCCCACUGCAUGGAGGCGAUGAUGCGGAACGUCACGAGCGCCAGUCACUCCGAGCUCGCGGCAAGGGUGGCCACGGAGUCGAUCGUCAUGCUAAGUGACGCGUCCGUGGCCCGGCCGUUCGACUCCGAGGCCGCCGCCCAGGGGGAGGACGCUUGGGCGGUCGGGGACUACUACUCGGGCGGGGGCAGCGGGCAUGUGGUGGCGCGCCGCUUCGUGAGCCCGCUGGACGGGAUUCGGAGCGCGGAGCCGGCUCUCCCAGUAGUACAGCACGGCCUCGACCCUGGACAGCUGCUGCUUAAGGAGGCGGACCGCGCCGUCCGCCGCCUGGAUGUCCGUGGUAGGCUGCACGCGCUGCACCCUCUGCAUCGCCGUAGGCAGAGCAGCCGCAGGCGGUGCAGCCUCAGGGGCACCAGCGACCAUUUGGCUCUCAGCAAGCUGCACAAGGGCAGCAGCAGCCGCGGCGCGGGCCUCGCCCACGCGGUCGGCCGCGUGCUGCGGCGGCCGGCUCAUCCCGAAUGCCGGAGGAACAGCCUCUGUGGCAUCGGGCGUCGUCGCUGCAUCCGCAGCGGCCUCGGCGACCACCUCGUCGACGCGCGGCUGACCCUCACCGGCACCGCGCGCAGCGGCGGCGCGGCGUCUGGGCCACGCGUUCCGGCAUGCCGUCGCCUGGCACCUGGCACUCAAGGACACGACAGCGGCGGUGGUGGCCUGUGCCUCAGCCGUCACCUGCUGCACGAUCUCGUCCUCCGCGGUGGCGAGCCGCACGCGCGAACCCGAUCGCGGACGCGGCUCGGCCUCGGGCUGGCAGCGGCGGCGACGGCGCGAGGCCGACCGCAGGCGGCCAUCGCCCUGCUGGCCCGCGCCCGCAUGGCGAGGCUCUCCAGCCGCCAGUGGCUCAGCAAGAGCAUCACGAACACGAUCACGAGCACGGGCCUCGCCCGCAGCCGCAGCCUCCUGCUCCGGCGCACCAGCGCGACCAGCACGAUGAGGCUCGCGAUCGGCAUGAGCAGCGACGCGAGCGAGACUGGCCACGUCGCUCAUGAGCGGCCGGCGACCAGUCCGGGCAGCGAAGCCGAGCCUGCGCACAGCGGCGCGCAGGCCCGGUCUCGGCUGGUCGCCAUGGCGCCAGCCGUUUUAGCUACAUAUCAAAAGCAUCGAGCGAUAUCAGCGAUAUCCGCCACGUCAGUGGCAGCGGAGCGGUUCACCCGCGGCUGUGCCGGCGGCGCCGGCACUGUUGGCCUCAGCGAGGCCCUGGCUGCUGCGCGGCCAUCUGCAGCGCAGAACAUCACCUUCGAGAAUUUCUUGGCGAGUUUGAUGCUUGGAUUUGUCUUGUGGUUGUUUCUGUAUCUCGUUGGAGGCCCGACGACGCUAGCAGAGAUGAUUUCCAGCCAAGAUGAUGACAAGUAUCAAGGAGCAGACGCCUACGUUCCACACUGGGACGGCAAUCCCGCUUCCUGGCACACGUACAAGGACGAGGUCAGGAUCUGGACGCUUGGACUGAACUUGGAUGUGCCAUAUUCGCUCGCAGCUCGGAUGAUCCGCAAGCUCAAGGGUGCAGCGAGACGGAAGGCCCUCACGCUCACGAAUGAACAGUUGCAGCCUUUCCGUGGAGUACCUGAGCGACGCAACGAUGAAGGUCUGGUCACACGCGAAGGAGUUCCCCCGGACCUCGAGCGGGGCAUCCGCAACCUGAUGGAGAUUUUGGAGACGUUGUGCCCGCCGAAGGUUAGCAGGAAGGGCGAGACGAUGGCGGACUUCUUCGAGACAAUGAAGUACCAGCGUCGGUUGGGCACGAGGAUUUCUGAUUACAUCACGGUGUUCGACCAGGGAGUGACUCGGCUCAUAGACGAUGGAGUUGAUUUUUCGGACGACUCUGACAUUUUGGGCUAUUUCUUCAUGAGGCGACUCAAUACUACAAAGGAGCAGCGUGAGAGAUUGAUUGCGGCAUUACCGAGCGAGACUUUCCAGCUUCGAGAGGUUCAGGCCACAGCGAUGCGGAUUUUCCAGGAUAUACACUUGACAGAAAGAAGCCUGCCUCGACGACCCGACCCCAAGCGGCCACCUCACAAGGGAGCUCGACCUCCGGUGAAGCAGGUGAAUGUCACCGAGAUCGAGGAGGACGAGGACUACGACGACGAGGAACCCGACGGGGACGGCGUCGAGGAGCUGGUUCAGCGCGAGCUCGAGGCCCUCGCCAUGGAGCUCAACGAGGUGAACGAGGACGACCUUGAUCAGGAGCAGCUGGACGCGGUCGAGAAGGCGGCGGUGCAGCUCACGGAGUUGCCGGAGGCCCUGGCGACGGUGCGCAACGCGACGAGCAGCAUCAAGAGGGGCGGCGGCUCCUCCGGCUCUGGAGGCGCCGCGGUGGCUCCAAGAGGACGCAACGGCGGACGCGGCCGCGGUGGAGGCCGGAAGCCCGGCCGCGGAGGCAAGUUCCAGCCGAUCAAGGACACGCUCGACGGCAGGAAGAAGAAAUCACAGUGUAGGGCCUGCUACCAGUGGGGCCACUGGUCGGGAGACCCAGAGUGCCCAGGCCCGCCGCAGGAGGUCUCCGCAGUGACGAACGAGACGCAGCUCGACGACGACGAGAUCGAGGUCCUUGCGGUGGAGAUGUCGGCGCCCCUCGCCGUGCCCCAGACGGUGAUCGCCCCGGCGGGCGCCAUGUGCAGGAAGGGCGCGGUCGACUCGGCGUGCGCGAGGAGUGUGAUGGGCACGCCCUGGUGGGACGACUACUACGGCUACCUGAAGGCUAUCGGCCUGGACAAGGAGGUGACCUUCGAGAACGUCACGGAGACUUUCAAGUUCGGAGAUGGUGGCACGGCGGAUUCGGCAACAAGAGUGAGGUUCCCGGUUGCGGCGGCCAAGGUUCCACACUUCAUUAAGGCCUACCUGUUGGACAUCCCAGGCCUCAGCCUACUCCUUAGACGAGAUUACCUGGAGUCAGUACACGCCGAGAUCAAGACAUCACCGCCGAGAAGGAUCACUAUUGGACCACAUCGAGCAGAGCUUUCACAGGACAAGGCCACUGGGCACUACAUGUUGGAUUUGAACCCAGAUGCCUACCAUGUGCUGCGCAGCCAUUCCAAGACCAAGAGCGAGUUGGACGAACUUCCCCGAAGGCUUCGACCGAGGACGAGUGGCAAGUUGGCUUCAAAGAUCACGGCACUCAUAUGUGGAGCUUCGGCGGUUACCGCGACCGGAGGCCAGACGUGCAACGUAGAGGUGGUGAAGGACUUCGUGAGUAUCAACGAGGUUCAGAGUAUGAAGAACGUGACCUUUCCCACGAGUGCGGAAGUUCAGGACACGACAGUUGAGACGAUUUGUGGAAAUGAGUGCUACGUAUGUGCGAGACCGACGAGUUUCACUUGUCCUUGUGGGUUGCAUUCCUGCUCUGGUUGCGUGCGAGAUGGAUUUUGCCCUGGCUGUAAGUACGACGUGGACAUGGUGGGCUUUGUGGACGGCGAUUUCUCCAACAGCGUUCAGAAUGGCACUUGGAAGUUUAUGAAGCGUGGCCAGCACAAGCAGAAUCUUUCGGGGAUCACUAAGGCGAAGACGCUGCACGACCACAACGUGAUCCCGAACCGCGUGAGGAAGUUGAUCCAGCUCGAGCAAGCAGAUGAAGUUCAUGGACAGGCAGUUGCAGCUAUGCGACGGGGACGCCCAAGGAACUACAGCCUGUUCGAGUUGGCAUGCGAGCCCAAUAGCAAGCUGGGGAACGAGUUCAACAAGGCCGGACGGACAGAUAAGGCUUUCAGAGUUCAUCUACCCAAAUGCGACCUACGCAAGAAGGGUACUGUCGAAGGGUUGUUGGUGAAGAUCAAGCGCGAGAAGAAGAAUGGCAACCUACCGGUUAUUUGGAUCAGUAUCCCCUGCACUCCGUGGUGUACAUACCAGCGACUUUGGAAUUCAAGGACGCUGGCACAGCGAUUUCGACUAGAGUUAAAACGUCAGGAGAACAGAAAGAUACUUCGUAAUGUACUUUGGCUUCUUCGAGAAUUACGCCCACUUUCGAUACCUACAGGCUUCGAGCUACCCUUCCAGAGCGACAUUUGGAAUGGGAAGUUCAAGCCGAAGGAGUUGAGCCAGAUCGAGGAGAUCCUCAACUUGCAGACGAAGUUCGACGGGUGCCAGUACGGGACCAAGACCAGGAAGGGCGAGCCUAUUCGUAAGAGGUUCAAGGUACUGACGAACCACCAGCCGGUGGUCAACAAGCUCUACAAGAAAUGCGACGGGAAGCACGUGCACGCGAAGGUGUUCGGCGGCAGAGAGCUCAUGGAGACCGGGAGGUACACGCUGGCGCUGGUGAAGGACAUCGCCGCUGGACUACGAGCUCCCCGCCAGGGACACGAUGUGCUGCCCGUGGCCUACGACAAGGAGAUCACAGCUCGCGCCAAGGAGGUCCUCGACAAGAUGGACCCGCAGGAGCGCGUGCAGUUGGAGCGCGUGGUCAAGCUGGUGCAUACCAACACCGGCCACCCGACCAACGCCAGCCUGGCCAGGGCCAUCCGCCUGCAAGGUGGAUCAGCCGAGGCGAUCGCGGCUGCCGAGGUCAAGUUUCGUGAGUUCGGCGACGGGGUGGCCGCCGACCUGAUGAUGUUAGCCGACGUCAAAGGCCACCAGGCCCAGUUGCAGAGCAACGUCGGCAUGGCCACCCACUUCCAGCUGGUGGCACCGCAGACCGACAAGAAGCCGAUCACUUCGUGGACGACGCUACUCACGAGGUGGAUGGGCUGGGCUGGCCCUCCUCAGGCCAGCAUCGCCGACCUCGGCGGCGAGUUCGAGAGGGAGUUCCGCGGCGAGCUCGAGGGCAUGGGCUGCGAGCUGAUCGCCACGGCGGCGCUGAGCCCCACGCAGAACAGCGUCUGCGAGAGGCACGGCGGCGAGUGGAAGUACAUCGCCAAGGCCAUCAUCGACGAGUACCAGAUCGAUUUCACGGUCCCAGAGCCGGAGACGCCCUACUUCGACCAGGAGUCGCCCAUGGACGCGCACAAUCAGCAGGUUCCCGAGGACGAGAUGGAUGAGGAGACGCCCUACAUGGAGCCGCCAGGAGCCGACAUCGAGGAGGAGACGCCCUACAUGGAGGAGCAGGCCUCGGAGCAGGAGCCACAGACCGCGGAGGAGACGCCGUACCAGGCACCGGCCGCGGAGGAGCCCCGACCUGCACCACCUGGGCACGCUGUGCGACGGACAAGGUACAACCCGCUCGACGACCUGCCCGUCAGCAUCCGCAGGAACCUCGAGUCCAGGAGGAUGGCGGCACAGUACGACCCACUUGACGACGUACCGAGGGUGAUUCGGCAGGAGCUUCGACAGCAGCAGGACGCCAAGAAGCACAGGGUCAACGAGCACAUGAUUAUGGAGCUCUCACUCAAGGAGGCGGCCGAUUUAGAUUUCUCGACUCCAUGCCCGACCAGGUUUAAGCGCGUCGAUCUUGUGGGCAACUCGAGGAGCAAGGAGCUGACGUUCAAGAACCUCACGGGCGCCAACCAGGUCAAGAUGCGUAAGGCUAUGGCGUCAGAAUGGGACAAGUGGCUGGCAUUUCAUGCAGUACGAUUUUGUUCCAAGGAGGAGCUGGACGAGCUCAUGCGCGAGAGGCCGAAGCUCAAGAUCGUUGGUACCCGCUGGGUGCUGACCGAGAAGGACGUCGACAACUUCAAGGGCGAGAUCGUCAUGGUCAUUCACUCGAACGUGGACGACAUGUUUUUCGCUUGGAAGCGCUCGAACGCCUACGUCCAGGAGAUCAUCCCGAAGCUCGAGAAGCGCUUGUACCUUGCCAAGAAGACUGGAGACGUGGACUACCUGGGCACUCGAGUUCAGAUGACGCGCGAUUUCAUCAGCGUGACUCAGGAGAAGGCUAUCAAGGCGAUCGACGCGAUACCUAUCCAGCCGAGCCGUCUGAAGACCCCGGACGCGGAGGCGACGCCGGAGGAGAUCAGCAGUUUCAGGGCGACCAACGGCCAGGUGCAGUGGGUUGCCACGCGCUCGAGACGGGACGCGGCCUGCAAGCAGAACAUGGCCGCCCAGAAGAUCAGCAAGCUCAAGGUUAAGGACCUCAUCGACAUGAACAAGUUGGUCAAGGAGCUGAAGGAGAACUCCACGCUGGGCAUUAGGGUCGUCAGGAAUCGGGUCAGGGUCUUGCACGCGCAGCUGCUCUUCUACGGGGACUCCGCAUUUGCGAAUGCCGAGGGCGAACGCUCGCAGUGCGGAUUGGUUGGAGGUCUCACCCACAAGCCCGAGGAGGUAGCCAUUGGGAAAUUCAGCGAGAUGAUACCUCUCACUUGGUGUUCAGGUCGGGUGAAGCGAGUUGUUCGGAGUACGCUCAGUGCCGAGGCCUACGCCAUCAGCGAGGCUUCCGAGUACGCCGACUGGCAUCGCCAAGUGCUCACCGAGCUGCGUCUUGCCUCGGCCCUCAACGGGCCGCCGAAGCUGAAGGAUGUGGAGCGCGAGUCGGUAAAGAUCCCGAUGACGACGCUCGCGGACAGCAAGAACCUGGAGGAGACCGUGGAGAAGGACGCCGGAGUUGUCGCCGACAAGAGGCUACGUAUUGUUGUGAGCAUGCUUCGAGAGAGUUUUGGAUUGCCUCAUUCGGUUUUGCGGUGGAUUCCCACACAUACGAUGGUGGCCGAUGCUCUCACGAAAAUCAUGGAGGCUGGUAUCCUUAUGAGUUUCAUGAGCGGCCGCGAUUACAAGUUUACUGCGCCGACGCCGAGGGCCAAGAAACUCAUCCAGAUGCUCACGAUGGUCUCUCUUUCAAAGGGCGCCGCUGGAUACGAGCAUAUACCGAAGUACGAGGUCAGUUGCGCAGAGUUUGCUGUGGACACUUUUGAGUAUUCUGAGCAGUGGAUAUUUUCUUGGAUGAUGUGGUUUCGAAGUGCUGUGUGUGGAAUUGGUUUUACUUUGGCUCUGUUUCUUAUCAUUUGGAUUUUCAUGAGGUUCAAGGGUGUGUUGACGAUCACCCGGGACGAGGAGAUUCUCGUGCCAGUCGAUACCGAGAUUGUAUCAGUGAAGCCGAAGACCGGACCCAAGGGCAUGAAGGUGAGAGAUGUGAUGACCAUGUCGCAGACGACUUAUGUCAGGAGCCACAGGAGCCGCGCACAGCAGGAGGGCAUCAGAGUGAUCUCGUCGCCCACAAACAACGUCAGCGAAGCCGUGUUUGCUUCGAAGUUGGUGGACGUCAUCAUCGUCGUCGUCGCAACCACGAGCGGCGAGUCUAAGGAUCGGGAGAAUCUGAGCCUUGACGGCGAAGCGGACUCGCUGAUCGAGGCUCUGUCCGCGGUCGCGCUGCACAGGAAGAUCAUCGUGCUGAUGCAGAUUCCGGGGGCGGUCCUGACGCCCUGGCGCCAGUCUGUCCACGCCAUCCUCGCCAUGUUCCUCGGAGGGCAGGAGACGGGCUUGGCCUGGGGGACGGUGCUGUUCGGGGACGGGUCCCCAGGGGGUCGCCUGCCGGUGAUGAUGCCUGCGACCGAGGCCGACACCAUACAGCCGUCCCUCAGCAGUCUGGUGAAGUACGACGAGGGGCUGAAAACGAGCUAUCGGCGGCCCUCAUUCAAGAACGCCUAUCCUCGGGGCGUCCAAAGAGGGGGUGAGCAUUGGGGAGGGAUCUCACGACCAGGGCCCUGUGUUGCUAGUAGCAACUCGAUUCGAUGA